AAUUUUAGGUACAUAACUAGUCUCGCUUUUUCUUGACCUAUCAUAGCUUUCCUUUCUUCUACAAUAAUACGCAUAUACUUUCAUCUAGGCUAACAUCAAUGGGAGCAGCAUCUUCUAAACCUGCUCGGCAAGCUCCCGUACGUUUCGUAGCUAAACGAAUGCCCCGCGUAGACAAGACGACAGCUGAAGAGCAAUUUAAGAAACCUCAGUUUACUGCACAAGGCAUCAACACACGACAAGAUGAUGUCAACACCGAGCCCUUAAUGUAUGUAGAAUCAUCCAAGGAUGCUAAUAGCACGGAGUUAACUGACCACUCCGCCCCACGAUGGUAUAUUAACACAUACAUGGAGAUGCUCGAUAAUGUUCGAACGAAUCAAACCAUUAUCUCCGGGAAUCUACCACUCUCCUGGGAGCGCGACAAGUACGAGCCGUACUCUUUGGUGCGCGACCGAAUCGAUGACGAAGAUUUGCAGUGGGUUUUAGCACCUGAGCAGCGAAAAAUGAGUUUGGAUGAAUUAGUGCAGCACACCAAGUUAGCGCCUCAUGCCCUACAGGAUAUUUUAGAUACUGUUGAGCUUCCCCGUACGCAGUAUCGAAACUACAAAGGUAAGCUGCACAAAUCUAUUGAAGACGCCAAUAAGCAUAUGGAGGUUCGGAAAGAACAGCUAGAACGUGCGCGUGAAAGUGAAAUUCUUCGUCAAAUUGGUUAUUCCGAUGAGGAGAUUGCCAAGGAUGAACAAUAUCUAACUAACAGGCCACGAGGUUUAAAGACACUAGAUGAUCUUGGUGUAAGUUUGCGCAAGAAGGAGCAACUAGAACGGACUAUUAAGAUGAAUGAAUUGGAUGAGAUGCUGAAGGAACGAGACAUUGAGCAGAUCGAAAGCGGUGAGCUGAAGCUAACGGAGGAGAUGCUUGAGAAACCCAAAAAGAUGUUUUACCGUCACAAACCUUUUGAUACGCGUAAGGGCACCUACGAGCGGAUGUAUGCCGCGGAUAUUGGCAAAGAUGAGGUCAACAGAGAGAAACUACACUGGUGGUUCGAUAGGCGAAAUAAGGUGCGGCGGGGUGUCGACAAGAUUCACGGGGUUGCCAGGUACAACGAUCGUCUCACAGCUAAUGAAGAGCAAACGCGCCAACAAAUGCAAGAAGCUAGAAACUUUAGUUAUGAUUUAGCAAGAUCUCAAGGUGCUAAGGGCUUCACCGAUCCCGCUGGCCAUUUUGAGGAUAUGAUUGCGAUGAUGCGGUACAAUAAAUCCGUAUCUGGAGCUGAGGUGACGACUGAAAUUCAAGAAGACGGGGUAACCGAACAAUACGAUAUUUACAAAUUUCCACAUAUCAAACCACACAUCAAAACUUCUUCUGAAAGCCUGGUGCGUAAUCGUGACGAAAUGCAAGCUAGUGAUACUCAAACGGAUCUGUUCUCAGCCUCUAGUCUUCCUGACUCACCGCCUACCGCUAGUGUUUCUUCUGAGGUUGGGGUGGAUAGUCUUGUUAAAAAGAAAUCUGCUGCUUUGACCCAAAAGCCGCCGACUGUCUCUGGGGCCUCCAUAUGUGGAGAAAAUAAAGACAAGAAUGACUAG